GUGAGCCUCUGUGUUCCAAGUAAACAGGCUCAACGAGAAACACGUCCGCUGUUGUACAUUGGUUCCGCGGCACAAACAUGGCUUCCACAGUGCUGAAGGUUGCAGUUGCAGGCAUUUCCAGGUGUUCUCGUGUUGCGCUCCUCAGGGCACAUUCAACAACAGCAUCUCUCCAUCAGGGCAUUCCCGGAUCCCUGUGGAACCUGGGGAAGCUGAACCACAUUGCCAUUGCUGUGCCUGACAUGGAGAAGGCCACAGCUCUGUAUCGGGAUGUGCUCGGGGCCACAGUGAGUGAGAAAGUCCCCCUGCCAGAGCACGGCGUCUACACAGUAUUUGUGGAGCUUGGCAACACUAAACUGGAGCUGCUCUAUCCUCUCGGGGAGAAGAGCCCCAUCUCCGGCUUCUUACAGAAGAACAAGUCUGGAGGGAUGCACCACAUUUGUAUUGAGGUAGAUGACAUUAACGCUGCGGUUGCUGACCUCAAAGCAAAGAACAUCAGAACUCUGUCGGCAGAGCCUCGGAUAGGUGCUCACGGGAAGCCAGUCAUGUUUCUUCAUCCUAAAGACUGUGACGGUGUGCUGGUGGAGCUCGAAGAAGCAUGAACGUCUUUGUUAGAGCCGUUAUAUAUUCUACAGCCUCCUUGAUAAUUAUUGUGAUAACUUUACUGGUUAUUCCUCAUCGCACUUCUCAUUUCAGAAAGCUUGUUUUUGACUUCCCUUUUUUGUUGGGAAUGAAUUACAGUUUGGUGUGUUUGACAGUUUCUAUAAAGUAUAAAUCAAAGUGA